GAUUCUUUUAUAUUUUUUUGCUUCCUUUCUCUCCCAUAAUUACCUGCUUGUCUGCUCUUUGCCUCUUUGUGCUGAAUGGCAUGGUAGUUUUGCCCAGCAAGCGUCUUUCUUUCUAGCUUGCUCGUGGCUUCGUUUUGUGUCGCCUGUGACUUUUUGCGACAGCUGUUCUUUUGAGAUUCUCCAAAUUGAAACGGAAUUCCGAAGCCUAAAAGCAUACGAGAGCGCAAUACAUUUUCGGCGCGUUACUUGCCACAAUCAGAAUAUCGGUGUUGUCACAUCCGCUGUGAUUGUUCACCAUGGCGUCUUCCCUGACGAGGGGGAAUCUGUUUCGACAGCAUCGCGGCUGGCUUUUCGUGCCGUUCUUGCUGGUGGUCUUGUUCGCAACAUUACAAUGGUCGCAUUCUGCAAACGGAGAACCUCGCCGACUUGUCAAGCUUGACAGCCGCGCAUAUGAGCUUGAUGAAGGAUUGGUGCUAAAAUCCCCACCAAGGCGUGCUCCCCGCGCCCCACUUUCUCCACGCUCCGGCCCUCCGACGUUGGCGAAGCGACAGAACGUCAAUGUCUCAGCUACGGGAGCUGGCACCAUUUACCAGACACGGUUUUCCAAUGUCACCUGGAACAAUGAUGCCUGGCAUCUUACUACCACCAAUUUGGACCCGGGUCAUUACCAAUCGCGCAUUUCCCUGGGUAAUGGUUACAUUGGAUUGAACCUCGCAUCUCUCGGCCCCUUUUUUGAGGUCGACUUACCUGUGAACGGAGAUGUGAUCAACGAAUGGCCCCUCUUCGAACGAAGGCAGACCUUUGCCGGUCUCGCGGGCUUCUACGAUUACCAACCAACCACAGAAGGCGAAAAUUUUGUUUGGUCCCUGCAGUUUGGCGGCGAAAGCAUCAUCAGUGGCAUUCCACAUUGGGGUGGCAUUGUGGUUGAGCUUCCUACUGGUCAAUAUCUCAGCGCGACCACGAAUGCAUCUGAGAUUUCUGACUUUAGCUCGACGCUCGAUAUUAAGCGUGGCUUAAUGACAUGGAGCUUUACCUGGACGCCAUCGAACGCCAAUGGACUCACCCUGGACCUUGAUUAUUCCAUGUUUUUGCACAAACUGUACGUGAAUCAAGCCGCGGUGCAGCUCCAGGUGACUGCUUCACAAAAUGUCAAUGUCACGCUGGUCGAUGUUGUCGAUGGCACCAGUGCUCUGCGCACAGUGUUCGUUGACAAGGCUUUUCAAAGCAACCAGCCGACGAUCUGGACAGCUGUGCGACCAGUUGGCAUCAGCAAUGUCACGGCGUACGUGGCCUCAACGCUGAAUGCUCCCAACGGAACCGUGGAUUUGAGUUCGCGGGUCCAGAUCACUAAUAAGCCAUACCUUGGCACCAAUGAGUCUUCCAUUGCUCAAGGAGUCAAUGCUACUUUGAAGGCCAACCAGACUACUAUCAUCGAAAAGUUUGUUGGAGUAGCCUCGCACGAUGCAUAUGACGACCCCCAAUCGACUGCCAUCAAUGCUUCCAUUAGUGGCCGUACCGCCGGUUUUGCCCAGUCUUUAGCAUCGCAUCAGGCGGAGUGGAGUUUUAUUUUAAAUCCCAACUCGGUCGACAGCUACGCAUUCCCCAAUGGCAGUCUUCCAAAUGAUGUUAACUUGGUUGAGAAGGCCAUCCUCGCCGUCACGGACCCAUUCCACUUGCUGCAAAACACCGUGGGAGCUAAUGCAAUUGCGGCAGCUGGAAACAACACGAAUUUGGACGACAACAGUAUCAGCGUGGCGGGUCUUGGAUCCGACGACUACGGAGGAAUGAUCUUCUGGGACGCCGAGACCUGGAUGUUCCCCGGAUUAAGUGUUUCGCAUCCCGAAGCUGCCAAGCAGAUUCCGAAUUACCGCGUCUCCAAAUACCCGGCUGCCUUGGGAAACGUCAAGAUGGCAUUCGAUUCAUCUCAGAAUAAGACUCAAUUUUCUCAAGGCGCCGCAGUUUACCCAUGGACUAGCGGACGUUUCGGAAAUACCACUGGAACUGGUCCUGCGUUUGACUACGAAUAUCACAUUAAUGGUGACAUUGCGCAAAGUCUUAUGGAUCAAUGGAUUGCCACUGGCGACACCAGCUUUUUCAAAUCGUCGUUAUAUCCCGUCUUCCAGUCCAUUGCGUUGUUCUAUUCCGAAUUAAUAAAGAGAAACGACACCAGCGGGGAAUGGUACUUGACAAAUAUGACAGAUCCGGAUGAAUUCGCCAAUGGCGUAGAAAACGGAGCAUACACGAUGGCGCUCAUUGCAGACACCCUGACUAACGCUAAUAUUAUGCGGUCCUUUUUCAACGAGCCCAUCAAUCAGACUUUUGCGGAUCAGGCUAUAAACAUAGACCUACCUACAGACCCUAACGCCAAUCUUAUACUCGAGUAUGAUGGCAUGAACGGCAGCAUCAGUGUCAAACAAGCCGAUGUAAUCCUAAUUGAUUAUCCUCUUAAUUACCCUAACAACUACUCAUUGAGCGAUCUCGACUAUUAUGCUGCCAAACAAUCCCAAAAUGGACCAGGCAUGACCUAUGCCAUUUUCAGUAUCAACGCCAAUGCCUUCUCCCCAUCCGGUUGCUCGGCAUACACCUACGACGUGUACGCCUCGAACCCGUACGUGCGAGCACCGUGGUUCCAAUUCUCCGAGCAACUAGUGGACGCCUUCGCCGUGACGGGAUAUCACCCUGCAUUCCCAUUCCUUACCGGUAUCGGCGGCGCCAAUCAAGUCAACGUGUUUGGGUAUCUAGGUCUCCGUCUGCAAUUCGACAAGCUGCAAGUUGAUCCAUCGCUUCCUCCUCAAAUCCCACAACUCAAAUACCGUACCAUUUACUGGCAAGGAUGGCCCAUCUCUGCAUUUUCCAACCAGACUCACACGACUUUGUCCCGCUCCGGGUCCUCCCUCACGCCCCUUUCAACUGCGAACCAGACCUUUUCCAACACUUCCAUCCCCGUCCAAUGGGGCAACGGCGCAAACAUCACCAUGCUCUCCCUCUCCGUCAACGGAACAAUCACUAUCACGAACCGCCAGCCAGGCCUGAUCAAGACUGCUCCCGGAAACAUUGCACAAUGUCUUCCCGUAUCAUCCGCAGAUGCGUACGUUCCGGGCCAAUUCCCCAUUGGCGCCGUCGACGGAGCGGCCUCGACCAAAUGGCAGCCCGUUGCAGCCAACGUGUCUGCCUCUAUUACUGUCGAGCUCGCAUCCCAAGCGUACCAACCCAUUACGCAGAUCCAGUUCGACUGGGGCCAGGCCCCGCCAGUCACGUAUAGUGUCAUCUUCCACAACGACUCCGUCUGGUCCGAAAGCGCAUUAUUCGUGUCUUCCUCUGCCGCAAUCAACAUCAGCAACCCCUAUGAUCCGAAGACUGUAGCUUUGCUCCAGAGCGUUUCUUCAAACACGACAAACGUGACGCUCUCCCCGCCAAUCUGGAGCGGAAACUACGCCACCCUGGUGAUUGAAGGCAACCAGGCCUCGACUAAUCCAUUUAAUGGCACGGGCGCCACAGUCGCAGAGUUUGUGCUCGUCGGUGCGAAUGGCACUGUUGGUGUCAAUGGGACAGUAAAUGGCACGACUGUUUAGCCUUUGUUAUCCUUAUGUCCAUCCUUGCCACUUUCUAUCUUGUUUACUCGUAAUGUCACUCCUUGCACACACCUUCUUCCCCCUCCAUUUUCGAUAUCAAAAUCCCUUUACUCUUAAGCGCUUAAACCCUUGUGCUCUGUUUGGAGAACCGUCGAGGUUCCGAGGAAAGUGUAUAUUGAACUUAGCAGAAUAGUUUCGUAAAACCCUGCAAAUGUAUCAUAUUAUCCCAAC